AAUGUGUUUACAUGCCAGAGCCUGACUUGUUUCUUGCAUGUUUCUUCAUGUCAGAAACUAGCAGGCAAUUUGUUCAGUUUUUGUCUUUAUUUAGUAUUUAUUUUUAUUCUUCUGUGUCUCUCUCGUGCCUUCCUUUGCCGAAAAGUUCAUAGGUCCGAGGAAAAUUCCUUAUUUUUUUUUAUGGAUUUCGGGCCCUUGUCAUGAAUCACCAUGGAUCUCAUGACCUUCUUGUCGGUUAUUCUACUCAUUCACUCGGCUCUUUACUUCACGGAUCAGUUUCUGAAGUCAUGCCUCAACAUUCCGUACAUGUAUUUCUUGGAGAAUGUAGGGCUCACAGUGCGUCCUCUACAGCUCCAUUGGUUCACCACGGCAUUUAACAGAGCGGUGACCAAGUGGGCAUUAUGGAGGCCCAGGUUCUUCAAAAUAUGGUUCACAAUUGGAGCAAUGGUAGUGGGCUUACUUCUCUUGCCUUCCAUUUUCCUUUUGAUUAGUGGAUUAAUCAACUAUUUUCGCCCAGUCGCUGAUCAGUCGGUCCAGGCGUUGCAACCAAUUGUCCCUGGUGUAAACUUACCUAUUAAAGAGUUACCUUAUUAUUUUGCAACUUUACUAAUUGCAUCAAUCAUUCAUGAAGCAGGACAUGCUAUUGCAGCUGUGAAGGAAGAUGUCCAUGUUAACGGCUUUGGAUUUGUCCUUAUGUUCAUCCUUCCAGGAGCAUUUGUUGAUGUUCCAACAGAAGAAAUUCGCACUCUUACCCCUUUCAGACAGUUAAAGAUCCUGUGUGCUGGUGUGUGGCAUAACAUUGUUCUUGUUCUACUUGCUGUGGCACUGGGUCUCUCCGUCCCCUACAUUCUACAACCCCUGUACAUUCAUGGUCGUGGAAUGACUGUUUUGUCAUUGACACAAGACUCCCCUGCCAGAGGUCCCACAGGACUAUCCACAGGAGACGUGAUCACUGCACUCAACAAGUGUCCUGUUAGAAGCAUGGAGGACUGGAGGGAGUGUCUUGUGACAAGUAUUAAGUCUGACCAAAUGGGUUUUUGUGUUCCCGAAUCAGUGGUGCAUACAUAUGACGAGACCAUACACCAUGCAUUUGAGGGUGCAGAUGGAUCAGUUCAGUGCUGCAGCGGGGACAGUGAAGCUCAUCUGUGUUUUGAACUCCUCGAGGACCGGGACUCGGACAAGGGCGUGGCAGCCAUGCAGCCAUUCUCCUGCUUGCCUGCACGGAUGGCCAUAUCAUUGAGCACAAAGACAUGUAUCAACUCAGUGGCAUGCCCAGCUGACAGCCACUGUUUAGCCCCAUCGCUACGGAAUGCCUCACGACUCCUGCAGAUUACCCGACGAGGCCAGAAGGGGGAGCUAAAGGAUGAUGUGCUCUACCUAGGGCCACCAGCAUACCUCUUUCACACAGUGACCCUAACCAGCUAUAUCCCCAAGUUCUCUUUUGUCCCCCUGACAUGGCCUGGUACCCUGGAGACCCUGUGUGAUUACAUGAUCAAGUUUUCAGGUGCUUUAGCAGUCCUGAACAUGGUCCCAGUCCUGCACUUGGAUGGUUAUUGGAUCUUUGGGGCUAUGAUUGAUCUCUUCUUGGCCUCCAGGUGUGACCAAGUGACCAGAAGAAUUGUUCAUGUCAUCGUCACAAUAAUGGGGAGUGUUUUACUAUUCUUGAACAUUGUGCUAGGCAUUUGGAGUAUCUUGUAGGGAUGAUAAUAGUGUUCAAUUUAGGCAGAUUACUGUGUGUGUAUAUAUGCUAGGUCCAGUUUUUAUGUGAAGAGUCGGUAUCCGCCUCAAGAAAGAAAAAGAAAAGCUCUCUAGUUCCCAGUUCUUUUACCAAAAAUAUGUACUUUGGUUCUGCCUUUGUGUGUUGAGUUAACAUUAGUUAUGGAUUUUAGAAACUCAAAAAACACAUACUCUUAAUGUACAAAUGCAUCUGUGUAUCACCUGACAAAAGUUGUGUAAACUGUGUUAUUUUCAGUAAGUAUUUGAGAAUUUGCAAGUGAAAACAAUAUGAUUAAUGAGUGAUGAGCUUGUUAGUUGGUGUGUUUAAAUACAAACUAUUAAGUUAUGGGUAGAUAGCAGAACAUGAUUUUGUGCCUUUUUUCUGCAGCAUAGUUUAUUAUUUUUCCUCUCUUUUCUGUUAUCAGAAUAAUUGAAAUUAAAAUAGUAGAAUCAUGAUAUUGCUGCUGCUAAUAUUAAAAAUUUAAAAAAAUGGUGGUGAUGUGUAUCAUUAUAAUGUUUGUGGAAUAUGGCGAUUAUAUUCCUGAUAUUCAUGAGUAAACACAAAAAAUAACAUA